AUGACUCUGACGACCAUUCACGCCGGGCGACAUUUACGUCCGCUGCUCGCUUCAUUCCUCUAUUCUAAACCGUUUAUCCGUGCAACCGAAAAGCUGGAGCUGCCAUCGAUCUCGCAGGUCCAUACCCGCGGUCCUGCUGACAUCCCCUGGUACAACCAUCACGCGGCGGAACGACCGUUAUUGCCCGGCGACAAACUCCCCGCUCUCAGCCUGCCGACAGCCACCCAGGGCCUCUCCCGGACCGCCUACCACGAUCCGUCCCUGGCCAAUUCCACCAAUUCCAGCGCUCGCACAAGUCUCUCCGGUGCUUCAGUGCCUGUCAACGAACCGAGGAGUCCCCCGCCCUCUGCGGACCUGUCUGGGACCCAGGGCCGACUUUCAUUAGAUUCUUCCGCCCCGACUGAAUACAGUCUCCCCCCUCGGUCAACGAAGGGUACUAUCCUAGCCCAACUUCUCUCGGCAGCAUGA